ACAUCGUCUUUGUUGUCGCCUGCACGUCCGUUAAGCACAGUCCUGGCUCCGCUGUUUCAUCACCAAACUGCUAUCAUACUGGUCGCCGACUAUCACCGCGAACUGCUGGCCACUGCUCCGAACUCUCCACCGUCAUCAUGGACGACCAAGAGUAUCUCGACCCGGACUUUGACCCAUCGUCGGUGACGAUCCCACGCCUACGGUCCAUCCUCGUUGCGCACAACAUCAGCUAUCCAUCCUCCGCAAAGAAGCAGCAGUUGGUGGAGUUGUUCAACACCAGCGUUCUACCACAGGUGCGUAAGAUUAGGGCAGCCAACGCAAGAGUGAAGCGCACAAGCAGAGGCAUCGAGGACAUCACGACAGGACGGAAGGGAACUGGUGCGCGCGAUGAAUCCGACGACGACAUUCCGCCAACGCCAGCGACCAGCCGCAGCUCUCGCCGAACGACCAGGUCUCGAACCGAAGAGCCGCAAGAAUUCGAAGCCACUCCUCGCAACGUCAGACACAGCACAGCGCCGCCUCAGUCGGUACCACGCACAGUAUCGAGUAAGCACGCGAGAUCAACGGAGACUUUGAGGGAAGAGGACGAACAACCUGCACGCAAACGGUCAACAUCGAGACGCUCGCGCGCAGAAGCAACACCCGCAAGAGCUAGGCCGGCAGAAGACUCGCCUUUCUCCGACCAAAACGUCUUCCAGAAACGCGCACGCGAGCUCAGACGACGCACGGAUGAUGUGAGGCAGUACAGGCCGCAGACAGAUGGAGCAGUGGUUCCAUCUCGCAAGACCUUCCAGGUGCCGAUCCCCAAGCAGCAAGAGAUUGACCCGACAGAGGAGUUCACACCGGAGGAACAGCAGGAAUUGGUCCAUGCACAGCAAGCAGGUGAACUCGUGCCGGCGCGUCGACCAAGACCCAAACCCAGCACCGGUGUCAAGCAGGCAUUGUCGAUGAUUCUGUUGGUCUUUAGCGCCACGACAGGUGGUCUUUGGCGGCAAGAGAAGCUGGCAGUGGGAUACUGCGGUGUGGGACGCCCAUCCACCGAUCUCGCAGGCGUGCAGGUUCCGGAGUGGGCAGAGGCAUUCCGUCCGCAGUGUGAGCCGUGUCCGCCUCACGCCUUCUGCCACGAGAACCUGGAGACGGAAUGCGAAAAUGGAUUUGUCCUGACACAUAGCCCACUGGCUUUGGGAGGCCUCGUUCCGAUCGUACCCUCCUGCGAGCCAGAUAGCACAAGAGCUCGCAAAGUUGCCGCGGUGAAGGAUCGUGCUGUGGAAGCUCUUCGCGUGCAAAACGCCAAAUAUGAAUGCGGCGAAGCCAGCGCGCCCGAACUCCAAGAACAAGCUCUGAAGGAAGCUAUCAGCACCAAACGCCGCAAAGGCAUGAGCAAUGAGGAGUUUGAAGACCUCUGGGCCAGCGCCGUGGGCGACAUGGCGCGUUCCGACGAGAUCAUCAGCGGUUCCGAUGGCCUCGCCGCCGUCCCACUCUCCUGUGCCCUCCGACGAUCCCUCCGACAGUCUAUUAGACAGUAUUUUUGGCAACUUGUAGGAGUCUUCCUGGUACUCUCGUCCGGAGCCUACGGCCGCUAUCAGAUCACCUCGGGUCAAGAGACGGAGCGCAAAGCGAAGCAACUGGCUAGUCUGGCGUUGGAGAAGCUGAGCCUUCAAGCGAGUCUGAACGCGCAAGAUCCGGACAUCUAUCGAGACAACUACAUCCCGAUGGCUCAGUUGAGAGAUGAUGUUUUGAGGGACGAGUUCAGCGGGACCAGGAGGAAGAAGUUGUGGGAGAAGGUGCAGAAGAAAGUCGAGGGCAACUCCAACGUGAGGCCAAUGGUCCGCGAGGGGAGGACAGGUGAUGUGGGACGAGUGUGGGAGUGGUCGCGGGUGAGCUUUGCGGCGGAUGCACUCGACUCGAGCCUGUUGGAGGGUGAGGAUAGCGCGGUCGUGAGGAGUGAUGUCAAGACGAAGAAGUGGGAGGAGGGUCGGCCGUAUUAUUGA